UGGCAACACUGCAUACGUCAAACACAAUAAAAGUCACAAAAUGUCGUCAAUUUUUCUAUGUCUGCAAUAAAUUAUUUCCAAUUAAACAACAAAUCAGAUGCCAUCCGAUCGUUUGUUGUUGUGUGCUUAAUACCAUCCUAAACCUGAAAACCGUUAGCAUAGGCCAACAAUCUCGAAUAAGCGACAAGGAUACGGAUAAACGUCUGACGUGUAUCAAAAGUCGCUGUUUAUUUACUUUUUCGCGGAGACAAAGCAGCCCAAACGUGGUUAUUUACAUAGAUUGCAGAAAAUUUGUUUAAUAAAAUGGAUGUUGAUGUUGAUGUGGUCGAUCUGAGCAUAACACCGGUGAUAGAGCGUAGCGGCGUUGGAAAUGGUAGCGGUGAGAAGGAUGUCGAUACUUUGACCAGAGACAUUCGAUCACUUGCUCGCAAUUCGAACAUUACAAUCACACCGUCGCAACCCAAUGCAGCUCCAUUCGCGGCUGAAGCCCAAAUAUUCAAUGAACAGAGGACCAAUUUUCGAGUUCUCCGUCCGAGAACUGAACAGAAAUCGUACGCUGAAGCACCGGACAUAGCUUUUAUGCCAGCGAAAGGUAGUCGUUCGGCACACAAUGGAAACAUAGAUUCGGAAAGUGAAGACGAGGAAAUGCCACCAUUCGUACCGAUGAAGGAAUUAUCCGCAGCCGAAAUAUGGGAACGUGAAAGAAACCUGCGAAAGCUGAGAGACGAGCUACGCAAUGAAGAAACGAAACUGGUCCUUUUAAAGAAAAUCAAGCAGUCACAGCAACUGCUGAAAGAGAACAUUAUCGUAACACCAUCUGUGGCACCGCUGCCUACGUCUGUGAUGACGAAAGGUUCGCUGACAUUAACUCCGACAACUUUACCAGCCACAGCCCCACCAGCACAUUUGAAGAAUCGCACACCAUCGAUUUCGAUGAGCCGAUCCACACACGGUGCAAUGCCAAUGCUACCGACACGAUCAUCGUUACCUGGCGGAGCGGUCUUAACUGCUGGCGGUUCUCCAAAUCGUGGUGGCAUGAAUCAGUCAAGGACUGGCAGCAACCUUUCCAUUACACCAUCGGUUACGAUUACACCCACCUCGGCGACAGGAAUGAGUGGAAAACAUCGAAACCAGCAUCCCAUUUCAAACAUAAACUCUGUGUCAAUUACUGCAUCGCACGUACCCAAUUCGGAUCAAAUAACGAAGAGUACCGAACGUCAACAAUCGAGAGAAGAAACUCAAACACCGGCUCAAAGGCAAGCUGCCGCUAAGCUUGCACUUAGAAAACAGCUCGAGAAAACAUUACUUCAGAUCCCUCCGCCAAAGCCACCUCCACCAGAACUACAUUUCAUCCCGAAUCCGAGCAACACAGAGUUUGUUUAUUUACUCGGAUUGGAGCACGUUGUCGAUUACAUUACGAAAGAUAAAAAGAUGUCACCGUUUAAUCAGCCGUUCCGAUGCGGUCAGUGCAAAAUUGAUUUUACGCCCGUUUGGAAAUGGGAGAAACAAGGUAAAACUGGCAACGCAACGUUUCAAAACACUCCAGCGAGUAAAGAUCCGAAAGUUAUUUGUGAACAAUGCGUUACGACUAAUGUGAAAAAGGCUUUGAAGGCAGAGCAUACCAAUCGGUUAAAAACAGCUUUCGUUAAAGCUUUGCAACAGGAACAAGAAAUCGAGCAACGAUUGGCCACCCAAGGUAGCAUGUCGCCCAUCGAUUCACCCGCACCGAUAUCGACGCCGAUUCCGGUGCCUGUUCAACCACCACAACUCUCAAUUACCAAGGCCGUGACACCGCAACCACGUCCAACACCACCUCCUCCGCCACCAGCUUCACCAGCUCCAUCACCGACCGUAUCACGAUCUCGGCAAAAUAUGUCGUCCGUUUCACAGGAUACCAUAAAUAAUGCGGCUGCCGCUGCUCAACUGAAUGCGAUGGCCAAUUUGGGCAAUCUAGGAAAUUUGGGCGGAAAUGUGAACGCAUCGCUUCUGCAAGCUUUCCAUCAACAAGUCUUUAGAGGACUGCAAGGACUAGGCAAUUCGUCAGCCAAUGCUCAGGCUCAGGCUCAGGCUCAAGCGCAUAUGAUGCAAUUCAAUCCACUGUUGUAUUCGUAUCAACUGUCCAUGGCUCAUCAAGCUCUAGCAUCUGCUGGUAAAAAUCUGAAUGUCAAUGAAAUUCAACGUUUGGCCGAAAUGCAACGACAAUAUCUGAUGGAUAUAAUACCACAACAGCAACAAUCCAAUUCGAACAGUAAUAAUAGGCAAAAUAAUUGGAAAACAUAAAGACGAAUGCUGGUCGUUGGAUUGUUCAGUAAAUUAAAAUUUUCUCUCGGUUUUUGUUUUCUAUAAAAUGGAAAUUAUGAUUGGAUGUAAAGCGAAAGGAAAAUGGGUGCUAAAUAGUGGCUGCAACGGCAACAUGAAGUAAACAGUUUCAUUCUGACAAAAGAGCAAGCAUUUCACCGUGUGUGUGUUUAGUGUUGGGCAAUGUAAUUCACUUUUUUUUUUUACUUUUUGAGUCAUCGUUCGUCUGAGAUCAAGCAAAUUUGUUGUGUUCAUUAUCAAUAAUUUGCUUGGGUUUGUGUGUUAGCGUUAUAGUUAACUAUAAGGAAUCCAUAGUUGACAAAUUUCGGGAGCCAAUUGGUUUCGACAGACACCAACAACGACGCGUAAUAACUAUUUGUUUUGUUGAGAUCAGUUAUUUUGAAAACAUUAACUGUCAGCCCACGAGUUUAUUCUUCUUACGUUUCAACGUAUUAUGAUCUACGUUUACUGGACAAUAUCUUCCACGCAUUGCAACCGUGUGCAAAAUUAUUAUUGCAGCGUUGACUUAAAUGUUUUUUUUAUUAUUUUCUUUUUAACUAUAGGUAAUUACGUCUUACAAUACUUUUAAAAAAUA